GCGGUAGGUGGUCAUUGGGUCGACAGUAUCAUAAUCCUUGCUAGAUACAGGAGAAGACGGGAUUAACGGGAGUCAAUGUAUCAAGGGAGACAAAACAGAUAGAAAGCAAAGCAACCCGAGGAAGCAAAAUGGUCAACAUUGCGCACGAUUAGAGAAACCCGGAAUGAUCAGUGGCCCGUCUUACUUGGUAUAUCCCUGUCAAUCCUACGAUUCUCCCCGUUGAGUCCCGAUUAAAAUAUCUGUAUCGUCCGGAUUCUCGCGAGCCUGUGGUUUAUACGACGAGCCACUGCUAUGGGGAGAGCGACUGUUCUUCCUCCGGGUAUCUCUCCGCCCUUGACGGAGAACAAUGAUUAUAACCAUAAUGCUCUAAUCGUUAUCAUUGCGUCGUUUUCCCUUUUCCUCGCUAUUGCGUCUCUCGCAAUCCGGGUAUACGCCUCCCAGAAUAGGGGAGUUAUUCUGAAAGAUGAUUACGUUUUGCUCCUAGUAGUGGUGUGUACGGCUCAGAGUACCGUGGAUUUGAGAAGGCCAUGUUGAUUUAUGCUUACAGUUUUUCUUCGUUAGACUGGCUUUGCUGUAGAUAUCCUCUACAUCAUCGUCAUCGGAUUAUCCAAAAUAUGCACAAUGAUGUUCUAUCGGAAUUUAUCUCUACGCCGAAAUACGCUUAUUAGUAACAUCAUACUGGGGUUUUGUAGCAUCUGGAUCGUACUCGGAACGGUCCUACUGGGAGUCCGAUGCAGCAGCAAAUCCUGGGAAAAUAUCGAUAAUAGCUGUGCUGGGCUUUAUCCGCGCUGGCAAACCGUCUGCGCACUCGAUAUUAUUCUUGAAAUCGCGAUCCUCGCCUAUCCUGUGAAAAUCAUCUAUAAUGUCCAAAUCGCGUUCGUCAAGAAAAUCAAAGUUCUAUGUAUCCUGAGCUGCCGGGUUGUGCUCAUACCCAUAUCCGCUAUCCACCUCAUCUAUAUCAAUACUCAAACCGCUUCCCCGAACCCAUCUCUCGACGGCGCCUACGCCACCACAGUGGCAGAGCUACAUAUCGGCCUCAGCGUAAUCCUACUCACGAUAUCAUCUUUGAAGGUUUUCGUGGCCGCCUACGAAGACGACCAAGGCUUCGCCUAUACCGAUGACGGGUCAAAGUCACAUAGUCAGAGUGGAAGGCCGACGAGACCGGGAACGUGGCGGGCUUCGCGUCCAGCGAAGGAUCCCAUGUUCAGUACCCCUGCCUGGGACGAGGAGCCGAUUCUGCGGUCGUCGGUUCCCUCUUCACGGAGCCAUGACAUGGGAGCACUCGGUGGUGGGGCGAUUAUGAAGAGUGUGCAGAUAUCGGUGACGAGGGAGAGUAUUGAGUUAGAGGACCGAGGGGCUAAGGCAGCGUCGGCGUCGGCGGAGGUGUCAGGGGCAUUAUAAUCUCUGUGUGAUCUUUUUAUCCAGCGAGUCAAUGUAUAUCAGCGGCAAACGGGCGGACUUAUAGUUUUCAGGCAUGCACUAUUGCAAAAUGUAUUCCAAGCAAAACUCUACCCAUAUCGACCCAUUAAUCUUCUGGUCUAUCUAACUUCAUCAUAGUUCCGGUAAUGAAACCUCCCUAACUAUCUCAGCUGGUCCUGUCAGGGGAAAACACAGAAGUCCAAGCGUGUCUAGCACAGCAC